GGUCAAUUUUAACCUUCUGUGCAUGCUCCUCUUUUGGGUCCUUUGCCUACUUUGCCUGCUUUCCCUUACCUGCCUGACAUUUGCCUGCUUGCUUGCUUGCUUGCUGGUCUACCACAUCUCUUCAUCAUCUGGAUUUAUUCCUUUCCUUUCCUUUCCCUACACUCACUCGUUUCCUUAUCUUUCAUUCUUUCAAUCUUCAAGUUUCGUGACUGCACCCCAAUCUGCACUUUGCAGACCGCAGCAGAAAGGUAGGAUCAAGAUAUUCAAGGUUCCAUCGUCAAUUCUACCAACCUGGACUACGAAGGGAACAGGAAACACUCGCUGUACCAAAAAGGGGGCCACUGCAAAACAUCAAGAACUGAAGACGUCUUUUCCAAAGAACAGUGAAUUUCCAUGAUCGAAUGAUAUAAUCAAAUUCUCUCAGUAUACUCGGCACACUCCUUUGAUUCUUCACAACGCUUCUACAACCAUACCAUAUUAUUCUUGUCGGCAUCUAUCGGGUUCUCGACACAUUUUCAGUAUUCUUUCAAAUUGUCUUCUAUUCUCUUAGAGGAGCAUCAUACUUGGAUUUUACAAUCAGAGAAGUCCUAACUUCUCUUGACAUCUCCAGCCAUGGCUCCAUCUCUUACAAGUUCUUCCAAUUUCCUUCGACCCAGAACCAGAGAUCGUGGUGAUGAGCGCCCUAGUACUCGGGAAAAUAACCAGGAUCACAACCUCAUAAUCCCUAGCCGAACUUCCUCUCUCCACUCGAGAAUUACACAACCAAUUCCUUCUUCACUCAAUGCAAAACCUCAAGCUCGCACACCGAAAACCCUCACUCAUGCAUACAUGGUAUGCGGUGUUGGUCGAGAACCGGCACAAUGGGUGAAGGCUCCAGCGCCAGCGCAAGGAAAGAUUCAACAUAUGAAAGGCGCCGUUGGUCAGUUUUGGCUUCCUGAGAUUCUCGGUAGCAGUCCUCGACUAGAGCAAGAUAACGAAAUCGCCAGAGCGCUUCACUCUGCAAUGAGGGCAUGCUUCCCUCACGAUGUCGAAAUCUGUACAGGACGUAGUCAACCUCAUUGCGUUCACCAUUCCUUCGUUCUUCAGCAGGAUUCUUCGCAUACUUUGUACGGUAUCGCACUGCGAGUUUGGUCCCGAGCAGAUGAGAAGCGUGCAGAGACAAUUCGCGAUUUGAGAAGGAGGACAGAAUCGGACUUCUAUGACUCGGCAGACGAAACCUACUGGAUUCCAUACUGCUUGUCUUUCCUUUCUAGAUACCCAUUGUAUAAUUUGCUAGGUGAUUACCUCCGAGGAAUGUGGAUUCAUUGGAACAAAGCUACCAAUCUUUUCCACGCGGAAGAGGUCUCGAGGAUAUUGAGCUUUCCAGCUCCCAGGCUCAAUGAUCUCGUACGAAUUGACAUGAAGGACUACGCGCUUUGUUACCAAUUCCCAUCUUCUCCAACGGGCUUCCAGAACUUUGCCAUGUGGCCAUUGUUCUCUUGCUUAUCUAUUCCUAACAUUGUAGGAGUAAUUGAAGCAGCUUUAUCACCCACUCGCCGCAUUAUCUUCGUCUCCCAUUACCCUGCUAUGCUCACAGUGGCUUCAGAGACCAUUCGAUAUUUCGUCCGAGUUUAUGAAUGGAGUGGCCUUUAUGUUCCAGUUGUUCAUGCAAGACACGCGCAAGAACUUGUUCAGGAACCUGGGCCAUAUAUUCUUGGAAUCACAGCAGAAUGUCGAUCAUUAUUCACCGCGCCCACAGAUGCUCUAGUUGUGGAUUUGGAUCGCAACUUCGUUCUAACCUCCAGCCCACCUACCGCUUUGACCGCUGGUCAACGCACAAAGAUGGUCAAUCGCAUUACUCAAGCUCUCAACGGUGAUGUGACACCUUCUGGUGUACCACAGCAUCUUCGUUCAGCUUAUGGCGGUGGUAAACUAAUUCCAGCUGGUCAAAUCAUUGUUAUGCGCGGUGAAGUUGAGUCUAUUCAAGACCCAGAAUGGUGGAACCAGGAUGCUACUAUGGCUGUGAUGGACCAUGUUUGUGAAAAGAUGGGACGAAAUACCGGAAUCAAGGCUGUGUUUGGAGGAGCCCAAAAGAAACCGCUAAUGACCAAGGUUUCUAUGAGACACCUAAAUGAGAUUGUACGCGAGAGAAAUCAAUACUCCAGAGAUGCGCUUGAGGCAUGGCAAGAUUUCAUCAACCUCAAGGGUCGCAUGGAUACAGAACUCGGCAAAGUUACGAAGAGAAACAACUUCUUGGUUGAAGAACUCGAAAGCUGGAAACAGCAAUUCCUCAAGUUCCAGGCCUUUGCUGAGCAACUUACUAAGGAGACUCAAGAUCUUAAGGUCAAGAUCGAAACCCACAAACGGGAGAACAGACGUCUUACCGGCCUUAUCGAUCAACAGAAAGACGAUGCAGCUCGUCUCAACACCCGUCUUACUGGUACAGAGAAACAGCGUGAUGAUGCUCUGGAAGCACUUGUUCUCCAACAAGAGAUUGCUGAAGAACUUGAGCGUGAGCGUAAGCGCAACAAGAAAGAACUUUCAGACCUUCAACGCACCAACUCCACUCUUCUACGACAACGCGAUGAGGCACAGCGCGUUGUGUUGCAUCUCCGCAGUCUUAUUGGUGGUCAAUCUCACCAUUUGGAGCACUUGGUCCGCACUAUCCAAAAGAGUCCAGAUAUUACUGAGUAUCUCGAUGCAGAAUUCGACCAAGAAGAGGGAGAAAUCAUGAGCGAGAUCGCCGAGGAGGGCAAGGCCGAAGGCAAGAGACCCGCAUCCAGAGGACCAUCCGAGCGUGGAUCAUCCCGUGCUUCGUCUCGUACACCCUCACGUUCCCACCGAAUCAGCAGAUCUGGCGAUGACAUGACUCCCGAGAUGGAGGCCAGGCUGGUGGGUAGCGUGCGAAAUAGUAAACGCUACAGUGCAAUCAGCAUUGCUGACGUUGCUGAUCGUCACCUUCGAGACAAGACCGAUGCCAUUGCUCACAUCAUCCGAAAUAUUAGCGAUCAAUGUGCAGCUGCUGUUGAGGGUCUCAUGAUGGCUCAUGAUGCGGAUGCCGAAGCUGAGGAACUUGCCAUGAGAGAGCAGCGAAGACAUCGUGAAAGUAACAUGUCAACAAUGACCAGUGAUGGUGAACAAUCAGGCGAAGACAGCAUGCUUCACCCAAGCGGUCGUGCUUCCAGCAUUCCUCCAACCCCAGAUCUCAGCCACAGAUCUAGCACUGCCAUGUCUAUCGCCAGCUCUUCUGUCACUACACCUGAAAGACAUAGCCAACAAUACCAUGUCCGAGAUGACUUACCAACUAGAAUCAUCGAAGACAGCGAUGAAGACCUUGGUGGCAGAAGCGACACUGGAAGUCUACGACACAGUAUGAGUGGAAAGCCAGGAGGAUUACUCGGCCGACCUGCAGGAGCUAGGAUAAGUGCUCUUGGUGGUCAUUAGCCACUACAGCCAUUAAUGCUCUUGAAGAAACUCGGAAUGGACGAAUCUUUUUGAAAGCAUUAAACUUUCUAGAACACCGCCUCUACCCUUUAUUUUUCAAUCUCACCUUUUCAUUUCUCUAAGCGUGUUUUCGGAGGAGGCGUUGGAUGGCGAGGCAAUAUCUAUCGAUUUUUUGCUGGGUUUAGCUAGCUAAGCACUCUCCAUCACACUUUUAUAUCACUUUUAGUUUUUUUUUUAUAAGUUUUUUCUUACAGGAUUCUCUCGAAAGGAGUUUCUUCACUGGAUUUGUGGAUGAGCGACAGAGUAGAUACAGAGGUAUCAACUCUUAGGUUGGGUAAGGAGGGAAUUGGCAGUGGUGGAUAGAUGGAGUGGUGGAUAGAUGAUGGAGUGGUGGAUAGAUGGAGUGGUGAAUAGAUGGUUGAGUGGGUGGAUUGCCAUGCGAAUGGGAAUGAUAUGUAUUGCGAUACUACUCUUUUUUUUUUUUUUGUUAGAUGGAGCGAGCGACUUGAGAACAAUACCCGAUGUGAACAGUUAGUUGUAUGUAAAAAGAUUAAGCAAUGGCAUUUAGGAGAGAGAGUGGAUAAGAAGAGUAGAAGAGAAAGAGUUGAAUGAAAAUCUUUUAAAUAUCGA